CACGCCUAAGACGAGCUUAGGAUGGCACUGUUGAUACAGAUUUUGGUUCUUCUCACGACAUUAUGCUUUGCCACGGCCUCCCACGACGGUUGUCAGGCAUGUAUAAUAAGAACUUACUGUCCGUCCCAGUUCUUCGGCCUCUCCAAACAACAAGUUUACAAUAUGAUCCAUCACCAUGGUAACCCUGGACCGUUUGGGAGGAGGAACAACGACGAGACGGAAGCACGGCCAAGGAGACAGUUCUGUUCUGGACCGUGGGCACAGCAGGGGCAAUGCUACAAUUUCCUCGGAGAGGAAGAAUCUGGAUGGUUAACAAUCGGUUUAAGGGACAAUUACAGCAGAGUAACGAGAGUCUGGGUUGAGCAAAGAAAUAUCAACUGGAAAUGUCCGCACCACAAUACACACGCCCCUGUCCCAAUAAAAGUACACGCUACAUAUGCACCGACAACAAGGGCGAUAACUCAUGCUGAUACAACACCAGUAACUGUUGUUACUAAGGCGCCAACAACGACACCUAAAAUGACGACUACGACGUCACGUCCUACCACGCCGACACCAAGCACCACGCAUGCUCCAGUGACACAUGUAGUUACUAUGACGACUGAACAGCCUUCUACAACUGCUGACACGUGUAUAGAUGUCGUUGAUUGUGAAGCCUAUGGUAAAGACUAUAUUUGCAGAGAGUAUCCCGAGGCGGCGAAAGUCACGUGCCGAAAGUCUUGUUCUUACUGCUGAAGUAAUCAUCAAAUUCUUAUAAACAAAAACACUGACAAGUCAACUGAUGUGUUUUUGAGUUUGUUGGAGAUGCACAAUAUUAUCAGUUUGAUUCUAAAAAGGUGCGGGAGAAGCAAAAACAAAAAUCGGUAUCAGUACAAUACUAUACAAUUUCACAUGUGUAAGCGCGCUCGAAAUUCAGCACAUUAUCGAAUUUUAGCUUACUUCAAAUUGAUGAAUUGGCUCGCUGACAAUAUGUAUGCAAUAAAGCAAAUUACAAAAAAAUAACACAAUAGUAAUUUAGUGAAAUAAAGAAAACAAAAGCGAUUAAGUAGGAUUAUCAUCAGAACGCGUUCGUUUACAGGAAUUUCCCAAAUAAUUUAACCAAAAUACAUUAUAUGUAACGAUUUGUUCUGAAAUGCCACAAGGCCUAGAGUAAUAAUAUUUCUCCCGUAGCUCGUUAGAAUGGCGGGGCUAUCGAAUCGACAUGUUUUUAUGCUAAACGGGUUAAAUGUGCUUAAAUCUUCUUCUGAAGAUCCAUGUGGUAUAGAAAAAUGAUAAUUGGCUUUUACCCUGCUGGAAUGAAGGACUGUCAAACGGUUUUUUCAGACUCACUUUCAGGGUCAGUUCUGCAAAUGUGUCAUAAACUUCAAAUGAGCUUUUCUAAGAAUUCACGCUGUCAGUCAGGAA